AAGAGGGACAACGCAACGUACUCCAUAUUCUUUUCAAGUACACGACCUUUUUCUGCAACUUAGCAAAGAUAUUUUGUCGCCACAUACAAUUGAACCUCGUGCCCUCAACGCCCCUACAAAUUUGUCAUCACAGCAAUGGAUCCGUAUGAUAGUGAAUCUUCUGGGUUUGAGGAUGAGGGGGACUACACUGAGACCGGAGUUGUCCUGGGUUAUGCUUCGGAGGAGAUAAUAGAGGACACAGUCACGCACCUGGGUGGAUGGCCGACAUGGCUUGACGGCGCUACCCCGCCUCCCGGCGACUUUGCGAAAUGCAAAGUCUGCAACCAGCCAUUGCUCCUCCUACUUGAAAUAGACGCCGAAUUAUACGAGCAUUUUCCCGAUGCCGACCGACGCCUCUAUAUCUUCUCAUGCCCCCGCAAAGCAUGCAACCGCAAGCCUGGUAGUAUCAGGGCCAUCCGAGCAACACGGAGCCACAAGAGCCACCAGCCGCCGCAGAAAGUAGAGAAGCAGGAACCCGAGAAGAAGGAGGUUGAGCAGAAGCCACAGGCACCCAAGCCGGAUCUUGGUGCGAGUCUGUUUGGAGGUUCCCUCGUCAACAGCGUCUCUGCAAACGCGAACCCGUUCUCAUCGAAGCCGUCGGCCACACAAGGUGCCAACCCAUUCGCUGCCCCGGUCGCCAGCCCAGCUCCAGCUCCAGCUUCCGCCCCUGCUCCUGUAAAACCCGCAACCACCACCCCUAACGCCCUCGCCGAAUCCUUCGCCGACAAAGUCCGCGUCUCCUCCCCUCCACCAUCCACCGAACCCACCGGCCCCGUCACCCCCUGGCCCUCGCAAUCCGAAUUUCCAACUCCCUACACGAGCUUCUACAUAGAUGCAGAGCGUGAAACUCUCUCCCGCCCCGCAACACCCAAGAUCCCCGACAAUGUCACCAUCGACACCGAAGAUGCCGAGGGUACAUCCAGCGGCGGCGUCGACGUAAAAGACGCCUUCGAGUCUGAGAUCGACAAAGCCUUUUUGAAGUUCUCUACACGCCUAGGACAUAACCCGGAGCAGGUCCUGCGGUAUGAGUUCCGCGGGACUCCGGUUCUCUACUCGCAUACGGACGCCGUGGGGAAACGGCUGCAUGAUGCUACGAAUAACAGAUUUGGUGGUGUGACGACGGUUUCGAACGGCGUGGGCAGCCGUAUGCCGAGGUGUGAGUCCUGCGGUGCUGAGCGCGUAUUUGAGGUGCAGCUUGUUCCACACGCGAUCAGUGUCCUUGAGGAUGGGCGUGCGGGCGUUGGGCUUGGGAAGGAUGAUGGCGGGAUGGAGUGGGGGACUAUCAUUAUGGGUGUUUGUAGUCGAAACUGUGGCCCUCGCGAGGUCGGUGUUGUUGGGUACAGGGAAGAGUGGGCGGGUGUACAGUGGGAGGAGACGAAGUGAUGAAUAAUGCUGAUAUCUUAACGUUUUAAUGUUGAUGACUGAGAUUCUAGAAGCAUUCGCCGAAUACAGUUGAUGAACGUCUCAACUGGUGUUUACAUAUACUGCGACAACAUGCGUACAGCGGGGUAUAACUCGUAGUCAAUUUGAUAGGAUAUCCUUUAGACUGUCUCGAGGUAGAUACAAGGUGGCGGAAAUAGGCUAUCCUCUAAAGGUUAGGUAUACUUAGAAAAGGAACAUGACAUGACUCGACAAUGAGAAGCAAAUUCAAAACGCCAAAGUGCGCCGGGUCCAGACUUCCGCCCAUCCUUCCCAUGCUGGUCUAUUCCCCGUCAUCAUCAUUUUUGGGCUUCAUUCUGGCUCAUCUCAACUCGUCACUUCGAACCGGGACAGUCCGUUUUGUUUCAAGUCUCGGAGAGAAGACUGGUACGUGUCAAGAUCAGUGAGAUCUUGUGCGGAGUUAUUAGCAGUAAGGAUUUCCUAUGGUUGUUUCAAACAGAAAGAGGCGCUUAUGCGGCCUGCUCGAAUCCUCGGCGGAUAACACGGCCGAACAUCUCCAUGCCAACGCGCUCGCUCUUGACUUCGCUGCGAGCCUCGUUCUCCUUGUUCGUGGGCACACGGAUGAUGGUGUUGUCGCCCGAAUUGUCGACCUCCCAGCUGCACACCUCGGUAACGAACUUCUCCAGAGACUCGCGGUUCCUGACAUCGAGCCACUGCUCGAGGACCUCAGCGUUGAUCUCGCGGAAAGCCUUGCCGACCUCAACGGCGAUGCGGAUGCGGACGAGCUCCUCGAAACCAGCGACGUCGGCAACAAGGUCGGCGUACAGGUCAUCGGAGUUCAGGGUAGACCAGAAUUGAGCAUACUGGGCGGACUCGAGGAGCGAGGAAAGGCGAGCGAGCUUCUGGACGGAUUCGACAAAGUCGGAGGAUUGUGCGGACUGGGCCUCGGCCUCAGAGGCAGGGAAGGGCUGAGUAUAGGCAGGGAGGAGAGCGAGGCAGAGGGAGAAGGCGGGAGAGGGGAAGACGGUGAGCGCCUUGACGAGGACGUUGGUGACGGUCUCGGGCUGGAGGAGGUGGGGGUUGAAUUGGUAGCUGCGCAAGAGAACACUGUUAGCAGGUGCAAGGGACGCAUUCGAGACUGCAUUCUGCAUUUAUGAGGGGCUUUUCAGAAGAAUUGACGCUCAACAUGCCCAAAUUUGGGUCUCAGGUAAUAGGAAACGUGAUAAUAAGAGCCAGGUUGGCAUAGCAGUC